AUGCUGAUAUUAGUUCUAGGAAUAACUUCAGCUACUUUGCUAGUGAUUGUUGCUAUUUUUGGCUUUUGUUACUUGCAAAGAUCAUCAAAACAUGAGAUUAAAGACAUAGAAAGCUUAGAAGAAAAGCAUCAAGAGGUGAAGGAGGAUUUAAUCAUAUUUCAAGGUGGAGAAGAUUUGACAAUAUGUGAUAUAUUGGAUGCACCAGGGGAAGUGAUUGGAAAAUCUAAUUAUGGAACACUUUAUAAGGCUUUGUUGCAAAGGAGCAACAAAGUUAGGUUAUUGAGGUUUUUGAGACCUGUUUGUACUACAACAGGUGAAGAAUUUGAUGAAAUGAUUCUGUUUCUUGGAAGAUUAAAGCAUCCUAAUUUGGUUCCCCUUUUGGGAUUUUAUACUGGACCAAGAGGUGAGAAGCUUCUUGUUCAUCCAUUUUACAGGCAUGGGAAUCUUACUCAGUUCAUAAGAGAUGGAAAUGGAGAGAGUUACAAAUGGACAAACAUAUAUAAAAUAUCAAUUGGUAUAGCAAAAGGAUUGGAACAUCUUCACACAUCACAAGAAAAACCAAUUAUCCAUGGAAACCUAAAAUCGAAAAACAUCCUUUUAGACAGUUCCUAUCAACCACACAUCUCAGAUUCAGGUCUCCAUCUUCUGUUGAAUCCAACUGCUGCACAAGAAAUGCUUGAAAGUUCGUCUGCUCAAGGCUAUAAAGCUCCUGAACUAAUCAAAAUGAAGGAUGCUAGUGAAGAAACCGAUAUCUAUAGCCUCGGCGUAAUCUUGCUUGAAUUGCUUUCAGGAAAGGAACCUAUCAAUGAUCAUCCAACUCCCGAUGAGGAUUUCUAUUUGCCGAAUUUCAUGAGAAAUGCUGUUCUUGGACAUAGAAUGUCUGAUUUAUAUCAUCCGGCUAUUCUUCUCAGAAACGGCGUAGAUGAUGAAAUUCAAGUUACGGAAGAAUGUGUUCUCAAAUUUUUUCAACUUGCUAUGGCUUGUUGUUCACCUUCACCUUCAAUUAGACCUAACAUUAAGCAAGUUAUUAGGAAGCUUGAAGAAAUUAUACACUAG